UUUAAAAUAUGUAAUAUAUUAAAAAAAAGUAGUUAAGAUAUAUGGAUAAAAGUAAGAAUUUUACCUAUUAAAUUAUUUUUGAAUUAUAUAGAAUCAUAUCAAUACUUAAAAAUGUGUGUUCACAUGAAUGCAAACAGAAAGUAGGUAUUUCGUUGUAUAUUUUUCACCAGAAUUCAUCCCGUAUAAAUCUCAGUACAUUAACACCGUAGGUACCUACUCGUCUCGGCGGCGAGAAAAUGGCAGAAUAUAAAAAUAAAGAAAAAUACAGUAAGACACUCGUAAGUCUAGAAGGCGGGCAACAAUCUACAUAAACAUAACUCGCACACGCCCACGGUCCAAACACUCGUCCGUAUUCAACCGAGAACCGAUGCCAUAAAAAUAAGACACCCGGCCGACCUAGAGAGGCAACCGAAAAAUCCAGGCUCUAUAAUUAUGUUCAGCUACCACUCGAUCUACCGGCAAGCCAAUUUAAAUUUACUGCGAACGCCGCACGUGUCCCACAAAAUGAAAUCCCACUACCGCACAGAAACACGCACGAAAAAAAAAAAAAAAACAGAAAAUACAUCGGCGGCGCCACCCCUCGACGCUAGUGGCUGCUCAUCAGAACCACGCCCGUUCUGACGCUACCCUUUCUAUCUCGUUUCGUCGAAUUGGUGUUCGUUAUUGGUGUCCUUGUCUGCGGUAGGCCGUCGUUCGUGGACCUCUCCGUUAUCGUCAGUACGCGUUUAGAAGUCGCGCGUUUCGGUGUAUUGCCGGUGACGGCGUGCGAAAUCGCCGCGCUGUGUCAAGUGAAGUGCCGUGUAGAGGUGCCGAAGUGGCGGGUUUCCUAGCCGCAGGACGGGGGGCCCAUGCCCCCUUCCACCAGCACCACAUUGGUAAAAGUUAGUGUCCUGUGCACAUAUUAGUAAAAAAAAAAAAACAGUUUUGUCUAUGAUCAUUUGGGUGGAACUGUGAAUGUGCUUGACCAUGCCAUCGUUUGGAGGACGAGGUGAGGCAGGCGGCGCGAUGGCGUGCGCCGGCUGCGAGAAGCCGAUCCUGGACAAAUUCCUCCUGCACGUGCUGGAGAGGGCCUGGCACGCCGCUUGCGUCAGAUGCGCCGACUGCAGAGCCCCGCUCUCAGAUAAAUGCUACUCUAGGGACAAUAAACUAUUCUGCCGGAAUGAUUUUUUUAGGCGUUACGGAACGAAAUGCAGCGGCUGCGGUCACGGGAUCUCACCAUCGGACCUGGUUAGGAAGGCUCGGGAGAAGGUCUUCCACCUCAACUGCUUCACCUGUCUCGUGUGCAGGAAGCAGCUGUCUACCGGAGAGGAGCUGUACGUUCUCGACGACAACAAGUUUAUAUGCAAAGAGGAUUACCUCGCGGGAAAGGCGCCGACCCAGCACCCGGACUCUUUACUAGGAUCGGGUUCUGAUGAAGAAGAAGAGGAUGAGUCAAGAGCAGCCAAUAAUUCGAGUAGUCCAGCGCACGCGCCCCACCCGGCUCUCCACUCCGAGCUGUCGCACAACGGAGAUACAAAGCCACAUGAAGACUCCGAAGACCAGUUGUUCCUCUUCCCUACGCAGGGCUCCCUGGACGGUGACCCCGAGACUCGAGACUCACAGGCCGAGAACAAGUCGCCGGACGACGGCAACGGAGGCUCGAAGAGAAGGGGUCCCCGGACCACGAUCAAGGCGAAACAGCUCGAAAUACUGAAGUCGGCUUUCUCACAAACACCGAAGCCCACGCGGCACAUACGAGAGCAGCUCGCUAAGGAGACCGGUCUACCGAUGCGAGUCAUACAGGUUUGGUUCCAAAACAAACGUUCAAAAGAGCGUCGACUAAAGCAACUCACGUCGAUGGGCAGGGGACCUUUCUUCGGGUCUUCGCGUAAAAUGCGUGGUUUCCCAAUGAACUUAUCACCGGGGGGCUUGGAGGAAGGUCCGCCGGGGUUUCCGUACUUCGCGACAGCAGAUGGCAAGUUCGAGUUUGGCUAUGGCCCGCCGUUCCACCAUGAUGCGCCAUUCUUCCAUCCGCCGCCGACGAUGCCCUUCAAUCAGCCAGGUCGUUUCGCAGGGGGCAUGGAGGGAGUGCCGGGUGGCGAGUUUCCCGAGCAGUUUCCACCCCCGGACCACCUGGUGCUUCCGCGACCCUCGUCCCCGGAGUUCACCUUCGGAGACGGGCCUCCGCCCCUGCACCCCGAGGGUCUGGUGUGGUAGCUGAAGCCGGAGCCGCGGGACUUCCACGACUGAUGCGGCUCGUCUGGCUACGAAGUGGACUUUUGAAUUUUGCUGUGUGUCGUGACGAUUAUAAUGUCGAGAAAACGCAGUGUUUAUGUGAUUUUAGUGAAACGUGAGUGUUUAUAGAUGAAAUUUUACUUCAUUUAAGGCAUAUUUUUUUGUGUAUUAUGUAAACUAUUCAGUUUUGUGUAUUGUCGUUUCGUUGUGUACAACUAUAGAAGAAAAAUUGCAAAAUAAUCAGUUUCAUUCUUCCACCCGUUGUUAUUCUUUAAGCAUUUUGUGAUUAUCGCUUGGUUAGUAUAUGAGUUCAUCAAUACUUAAUAAUGUAUUGUUAAGUAAACUGUGGAUAUAUGUAUAAGAAUAUUUGUACAGAGCUAAGACAUUUUACAAAUGAAAUAAUUUAUUAUAAGUAGCAUAAAAAUAAAUCGUACUUAUUUAUUCUUGGGUUUAUUGCAAAUCGUUAAGUUAAUAUCAAUAAUUUGGUUCCUAUUUUAAGAUAACAGCUUCACUUUUAUCACAUUUUUAUUUAUUAGUAAAGUUAAACAUUAUCGCGUUUAAGGUGUAUUUACUUGUUGUAGCGGAAAACAUUAGUACUUUUAUUUGUAUAUAUAAUUCCGAUUUGUAAAUAUUAUGGAUACUAUUAAUAAUUAUAUAAUGUAUUAAAAUAUGAUUAAAAUGUAAAAUUAAGUAUUUAAAUGUUUAUAAAAUAUUAUGUGAGACGUUCUAGUUUUUUUGUUUGUAUUUUUUUUUCACUUCAAUGUUUUAGCUGGCCACUUCUUUCAUUGGUAACUCAAGUAUUUUCCAAAGGCAGCGUGAUUAUCGAUUAAAACAGUAAAAAUAUUUUCAUUUUUCAAAACGUAAUGUAUCUUACAUAACGUUUUUGAUUAAGUAAAAAGAAUUAAUAAUUUAAAAAGCAAACCUUUUACUGGUGGUAGGACCUUUUGUGAGUCCGCGCGGGUAGGUACCACCACCUUGCCUAUUUCUGCCGUGAAGCAGUAAUGCGUUUCGGUUUGAAGGGCGGGGUAGCCUUUGUAACUAUACUUGAGACUUUAGAACUUAUAUCUCAAGGUGGGUGGCGCAUUUACGUUGUGGAUGUCUAUGGGCUCCAGUAACCACUUAACACCAGGUGGGCUGUGAGCUCGUCCACCCAUCUAAGCAAUAAAAAAAACCUUUUUUGCUGAAAACGCUGAAAACACAAAAUAUCAUUAUAUUUUAUAUUUCAUACGAACUGAAACAUUUUUCAGUAUUAACUUUCAUUAGUUUUGAGCCACGAUUACUUUGGAUUUUUUUUAAAAUUAAAAUUUGACUAUUUUUUGAGUCACGCAGAUAUUUACAUGAUAUUAACUAUCGGAUUACCGAUAUAAUUUUUUUAUAAUAGUUUAGGCUUCAAAUUCUAUGUUGCAUUUACCAACAAUACUAAAUGAUCUAUAUAGUUUGAAUUGUGAUAUCAAAUAUCGUUUUAAACAUUCAUUUUUAAUUUUUCGAGAACUUUUUCUUAUUUAUUUCUCGUUUUCAGGACAAUUUCUAUAUUUUUUUAUUGCCUGUGGACUGGUGAGCAUACGGCCUAUCCGAUGGUGAGUUAUUACCAUCGCUCUAAGACAUCAGCAAUUCCAAGCUGAGUACUCUUGAGUAGACUCCAGAAUCACUCAUUUUAAAUAAACGUAAUAUCAGGUGAUCGUGAUUCAAAACGGAAUGUACUGAACUGGUCUCAAUUACAUUAAUUACAGUUAGUAUUAAAAUUUGGUACAAACAGUUGUCUGUAUUUAGUACUUAAAACGCAAAAUAUAAUGGAAUUGUCUGUAAGAAUAAAUGAUAAUGAAAAUUU